AUGCACAAGAUAUCCAACUUCACCGGCCAAGCACGCCAUGGCUGGGACAAGAUGACUCCCAUGAGUUUUGGCCGUCAGAUGCACCAGGACAUGUCCAUGGCCCCGGCAAAUCUCAAGCGAAACAUGGCCAGCCAGCAUGCCAUGCAGCCGAAUCCACAGGUCCCCGGCCACCUAGUCAACCUGUCCUUCAACAUACCCUUCGCCUCGAACCUGUCCGGCCCCGACCCGGACUCGGUCAUCUACGCCAGUCCCGGAGCUUACGCGCGCUGGACCCAUCCUCAGCAAUCGAAUCCCGACUCUCCGCCGCCGAACCAUGAGCUCCCUGUCCACGCCCGCAACGUCGACAACCUCCGCUCGCUGUGCAAGGUCAUCACUGAAGCCAGCAAUGCCCAGAUCCAGGCUACCGUCACCUCGGCCAAGCCCAAACCUGUGCCCGGCAUGCAGCGAGGGCCCCUGAACACUCUCGUCACAAACGUUUGCCUCUCCGGCGACUCGGACCUAGUCUACAAGAUGCGAGCAAAGAUUCUGAACGAGACCCCCAUUACCUUGCGCUCUGCUACUGUCGACGUGGACUCGACCUUGAUCAUGAACAACGACGGCGUGCGUACCGACAUUCUUCGUCACAUGGACGACAUCGCCGACUGCACCAAAGCCGACAUCUUUUUGCUCAAUCCCCGUCCCAUGGACGUCGAUUCUGCCAGCAUUCACGGUACAUUGGACAACAUGGUCGAAAAUAGGUUGCGUAUCAUGAUUUUUGGUGACAUGGAAUGCUGUGAGCACGCAAAGACAAGAAUCUUGAUCAUGAUCGAUCAAAUCCUUAUGCGUCAAGUCGAUACCAUCAAGCUUGAGCUUUCUCUUCACACCCUCAUCUGUGGCCGACAUCGUCGCAAUAUCAAGCUCAUCGAGUCAGCUACGGGUACUGCCAUCUACUUCCCGCCCUUGUUUCCCGGCAUCUUUGGCUACAGUCCCGCAGGCUCGUAUCCGCGCGUAAGAGACGAGAUCAUCAUCACUGGCGAAAGUCAGGAAAAUAUCAUGCAAGCCAAGCGACGCCUGCAAGAUCUGGUCUUGACCACAAAAACAUUUGUCAAGGAUGUGGCCAUUACAACCAGCAAAGUUGACUACAUCUUGCUUGAACGUCUCGACAAGAUACGCAAGAUUGUCGAGCAAAAUGGUUCAUACGUCCUACUGCCCCCACUUGGCAACCACAGUGGUCUCUUGCGUGUACAGGCAACUGAUAUUUUGAACGUUGAGCGUACCGUGCGCGACAUCAUGUCGUUGGCCGGUCAGUUCUACAGCGCCUCGUGGUGGUUGACCUCAUUAGACAACAUGCAAAGACAGCCCACUCCGUCCGACAUCCGCGCCAUGUUGCCCGACAUCUGUAUCAACUCUGGCGCCGAAAUCAAUUUCGAGAAGCUCAACUUCCACAUUAAUGGAAGCGAUGAUUCCGUCAAGGCUGCCAUGACUAUCAUCAACUCUCUGCCUUUUGUCAAAAAGGCCAGCUCGACUCUGCGGGUCAAGGUUGAGCUUGCCAACGAGCACAAGGAGUUUGUAAGCGGAAAGAAGAAUGGAAAAAUCAACAAGAUCAUGAGCCAGAGCAAUGUCCAGAUCGUCUUCGAUGGUUUCAACGAGUACAACUUCUACAUUGACGUCCGCGGUGGUCAGUAUGAAGCUACAAAGAACGGCCUUGAUCUAGUCGAGCUGGAAAUGCCUGCCUCCAUCUCCUUCCACGUUCCGGAUCAAUACCACAAGCGUAUCAUCGGUAUAGGUGGUCAGCACAUUCAACGCAUCAUGAAAAAGUAUUCGGUCUUUGUCAAGUUCUCAAAUGCCAUGGAUCGCGGUGGCAUCGGCAAAGACGACGAUGAUGUCAAGGUUGACAAUGUUAUCUGUCGCACUCCCGCGAGAAACGCUGACAAUCUCGAGCUCGUCAAGCAAGAGAUCAUGGACAUGGUCGAGAAGGUUGACGCUGAGUACGUCUCUGAGCAAGUUGUCGUCGACAGGCUGUAUCACCGCGAGUUGGUUGCCCGCAUGCCCGAGAUUGAGGAGCUCGAGAAGAAGUGGAACUGUAAAAUCACCUUUCCUGGCACUGAACAGGCGAGUGACGUUAUCACAGUCUCUGGUCCCGAGUACCAGGUACCUCAAGCUGUGGACGAAUUUCUGGGCAUGGUCCCUGAGAGCCACGACAUCUCUUUUCCCAGCACUGUCGAGCUUCGAGAAUUCCUCAUGUCUGCCGAAUUUCACGACGAUGUUCUGCAAAAGCUCAAGGACCAAUACGUUGUUGAGGUCAUUGUUCAGUCGCCGAAGCUUGAAAGAAUGGGCGACAACGAUGUGGAAGUAGAAAGUCUCCUGCUGACAUACACUCGCAACAAUGCUGGUGGCUUGAAGGAUGCUAUCGAUUUUCUGGUCCUUGGGUUGGUCUCUCACGGACUGAACGCAAGUACCGUCAAGGGCGCUAUCCCUCGACCAAAAUCUGAUUCGUUCGAGGACUCAAUGCCAUACUUCGACUCCAAGCUUCUGCAACGCGCCGAACCUCCUGUCGUGGCCGAUUCGCCCACACGUACUCACUUUGGCAGUGGAGAAAGUAGUGAAGGCCACCGAUCGAUCUUUGACAGACUCCGGAAGCCGGGCAGUAUGUCAUCUUUCUCGUCCUUCCUCGAGAGACGCAAGAACAGCUCAGCCUCUCCUGCUUCCUCGUUAUUCAAGCAUGCUUCAAACAAUGCCUCCAAAGCCUCGCUGCAAAGCAUGGAAUCGCGGGAAUCGGGAUACCGCAAUCCCUGGAACGACAAUGGCCCUGACCCCGAACCUGAAAGUGCCAACACUCAGGCAAAUGGCGGUUGGGCAACUCUAGCUGCGGCGGGCAGCCGACCAGCCACUUCGUCGGCAUCGCUUACUUCGUCGACACCUUAUGAAAGCAAGUUCCCCUUUGGCGCCGGGCGUAACGGCUCUACAUCUUCGCUUAACACCACUUUGAUACCCGGGCUAGGCGGUGACGUCGCCUCGAGCAAUGCCCAUUACCAUACCAAUGCCAACCGGUCAGCUUCGAUCUCUGUCGAAAUUGUCAACGCCAACAACGGCAAUGCGCCCGUAUCGUCAUCGUCGUCGACACAUGGCCCGGUUGGCUCGCGUCCUUCGAGUUCUGCUGCUGCUACCGCACCUGCUUCUGGAUACCCGGCUCCCAUAGGGCCUCCGCAUUGA